AGAAUGGAUGCAGAUUUGGCAAUUGGGCAUGGAACCUUGCCGAAACUCCAAGCCAUCAUCAUCAUCAUCACACUAUCUCAGAUCAGAAGGAAACCAAUUUGUUUGAGUUGAAGCCACCGAAAAAUCCACCAUGGAAACCGAAGCUCAACACUCGAAUCCUCAAAAUGAUGCAGCUGCAAAUGAUGCGUUCAUCAAUUCUUUCAUCGAGAUCACUUCCUCUUCCAAAGAGGAAGCCCUUUUCUUCUUAGAGAGCCACAAUUGGGACCUCGACGCCGCCGUUUCCACCUUCUUGGAUAACCAUGCCGCCGAUGCCGUCGACACCGUCGAUGCCACUGCCACUGCCACCGUCACUCGCCCAGUUCCACCGCCCGAUUCGCCUGGAUUUUCUCCUUCUAUGUCGCCAUCGCGUUCUCGCUCGCCUUCCCCGCCUGCUUCUCGUGCUCCCUACGAGCUCCGUUCGAGGAGAGCUAGAGGUGAAGCGAAGAAGAAGGUCGACAAUAGGGCUUCUGGGAGCAGGACGCAUCGCAUCCGCACCCUUUCUGACCUUAACCGGCCGGCGGAGGACGACUCGGAUAGCGACUCUGAUGAGUUUCAAGAGUAUUACACUGGUGGUGAGAAGAGUGGAAUGCUUGUCCAAGAUCCUGCCAAAGGUAAUUCUGUCGAUGCAAUCUUUGAUCGAGCCAGACAAUCAGCAGUGGAUGCACCUAUUGAACCAUCUUCAGGUUCUAAAAGCUUUACUGGAACUGCAAGAUUGCUCUCUGGUGAGACGGUGCCAUCAAUUCCUCGGCACCCUGAGGCUAUCACGCACACCGUCACCUUUUGGAGGAAUGGAUUCUCUGUUGAUGAUGGUCCUUUACUGAGGUUGGAUGAUCCUGAAAAUGCAUCUUUUUUAGAGAGUAUUAGAAGGUCAGAGUGCCCUGCCGAGCUUGAACCAGCAGAUAGGAGGACUUCUGUCCACGUUAACCUUGUCAGAAGGGAGGAAGACUACCCAGAACCCGUGAAGCGCCGCAACGCUCCAUUCCAAGGCAUCGGGAGAACAUUAGCUAGUGACUCGCCGAACUCGGUUGCUCCUGAGCUGACUUCUGCUGCUACUUCACUGAAUGUUGCUCCGUCCCCAUCAACAGGUUUGGUGGUAGACGACUCAUUGCCAAUAACUUCUCUUCAGCUAAGGUUGGCAGACGGAACACGAAUGGUGUCGCGUUUCAAUCACCACCAUACGAUCAGGGACAUUCGUGGAUUCAUUGAUGCAUCAAGGCCUACUGGUGCAAGAAAUUACCAACUCCAGACGAUGGGUUUCCCUCCCAAACAGUUGGCUGAAUUGGAUCAAACUAUAGAACAAGCUGGAAUAGCCAAUUCUGUUGUGAUUCAGAAGUUCUAAGUUAGCAGACAUUGCUGAAACUCAUUCGACAGCAAAGGUUAGCAGACAUUGAUACCAAGUUUUUUCCAUCCUAUGUCUUAUUUGGGUUUUGAUAUAGCUAUGUUUAUGUACAAGUUUGCUUUGACAAGUGGCCUAGUUUCCAUUUUAGGCGAAUUAUCAUGUUAUGAUAGUAAAGUUUUAUUCCGUUAACAAGAAUGGUUCUAUAAAUUAUUUCCA